GUUUGGAAAAAACCUGCUAGUGUGAUGAAUGCGAAACUCACCGGUCACAUUACUGUAAGGAUCAACGUACAGACCUGUUGUAUCCCAGAAGAUAUCGUUUCUUCAUUUAGUCUCAAGAUUCAAAACAGCUGGGAUUGAGACUUAAAGGCUCUUCAUUAUAAAACCGAUAUUCCCUGUCUGAAAACGAGCACGUUAGAUAAGAGAGAAGAGUCUAGAAUCAGCAGGGUCACUGUCCGCACCAAAACUGACAACUGACUGGAUCAGUGAAUCACUUUAAACGCGUUGACAUGAGGAGUUUGCCUUAUUUCUGCCGGGGACAGGUUAUCCACGGAUUCGGACGGGGAAGCAAAGAACUAGGCAUCCCAACAGCAAAUUUCCCAGAGUCGGUUGUGGACAAUCUCCCUGCUGACAUCGGCACCGGCAUCUACUACGGAUGGGCACGUGUGGGUAAAGGAGACAUUCACAAAAUGGUGAUGAGCAUCGGCUGGAACCCUUACUACAAAAACACAAAGAAGUCUAUGGAAACGCAUGUGAUCCACAAGUUUAAGGAAGAUUUCUACGGUCAGAUAUUGAGUGUGGCCAUGGUUGGCUACAUUCGUCCUGAGAGAGGAUUCACAUCGCUUGAUGAGUUGAUAGCAGCGAUUCAUAGUGACAUUGAGGAGGCAAAAACAAAGCUGGAUCUGCCUGAGCACUUGAAACUGAAAGAGGAUAACUUCUUUAAGACGUCAGUAUCGACAACAGCCAAUCAGAUCUUGAACGGUCAUCGACUGUAACACUCACUUUCAGGAUCACCUCUAUUUAAAGCCAGUUUAUUUCAUAUGCAAUUUGUUAUUUAUGUAAAAAGAUGUCUGUCCCCGAGUGGUGCUUUAGUCAAGUGCAGGCACUGUGUAUGUAUGUUCAUAUGAUAGCGCUUUUGUUUCUGUAUAUAAAGCAAAAAGAAGGAUUUAAGUUACUUACUAGAAUGACACAGAGCCCUUCCCAGAAUUCAAUGUUUACCACAGACCUCUCGCAAUGAUUCUAUGUGAAAGUCAAUCUCUAUCUCUCUGUUGAAGUUACUCUUUAGUUUGGUCAUUUUGCCUCCACCUUCACUUUAACUUCAUUAUUGUUCAAGAAAGACUUUCUUUACAUCAAUAAAACAGUUUAACAAUAGUCCAAAUUGGCGGCCCUCCUCUUUGAGAUGAAAUGAAUUUUUUUUUUUUUAUGGUUCUCAGAGAACCGUGACUAGAGGUGGAAGUCCAAGGUUAAGAUAAAGAGUUAAAGCCCAGGUUGAUGUACUAUGAAUGUAAAGCUGGGCAGAGAGAGAACAAACAGUGACUGAAGACACAAUGUUUCGACUAUGUAUUAGUACUAAACCUUCACAUAAAAUGGCUGCCUUUUUUCCCUUUUACUCUGGUUAAACAUUUAAGAGAGUUUUACAUUUGUAAAGGUACUCAACAAACAGUAACUGUCGAGUUAGAUCAUGUAGGUUUACAAAUGUCCUUUUGAUUUACCUGUUUCUCCAUGUUGUGUUCCUAUAUAAUGCAUGCUUGAAACGUGCUGCUAGUUUAGUGUCGGACUACAGCAGGGAUGGGCAACGUCGGUCCUGGAGAGCUGCUGUCCUGCAGAGUUCAGCUCCAACCUUAAUCAAACACACCUGAACAAGCUAAUCAAUGUCUUCAGGAUUACUAAGGCUAAAGGCAGAUGAGUUGAUCAGGGUUGGAACUAAACUCCAGGACCGACUUUGCCCAUCCCUUGAUUACAGCAAUCCUCUGUAAAGGUGUGGUCACAUUAGCGAAAUUUCGUGGGCAAAAAAGCUUCAUUGUCAAUAGUGUAGAGAUGCAUGAAGCACAGCUCACACAAGUCACUUUCAAACCAAUCAGCUUUCUGUUGGUCAAAGCAGCGAAUUCACUUGACCAACUUGAACCAGUUGUGAAACCUUGCGCAAAAUACCUAAUCACAUGGAUUCCUAUUGAAUUUAAUACAUUUUGCUUGUGAAAAAUUGCAGAGCGGCGGUAAAUGUGACCACAUCUUAAUGUAGGCACAGAAAAGUGAUACUAUUUAAAACCUUUGUUAAUGCUGUAAUCUUCACAGUGAUGUUUAGACACUCAUCUAGACAGGAUCUUUAUAUGUUAAACUGCUGCUUUAAAUGUUCGGUACUGUGUUUUUUCUUUUCUUUUUUGGUCAGGGCAGUGCCUUAGAUAUGUAAAAUCAAACACUAAUACACAGUACACAACCAAGCAUUCCUUCAAUGUUGACACCUACUUGUAAGCAUUAAACAAAAAUGCCUUA